UAUACAUCUAAACUUGAACUUUAUGGAUCCUGCGUUCGCAGAUAAUGCUCUCCCCAUAAGUGUCAUUAUGUUUUUGGGUAGAGGGUUCUGCAAUACGCCGAGCCAAAAAAGAAUAUUGUCAUCAUGAAGGAGGCGGGAUUGUUGGAUCACAGAACUAUCAACUUCUGUGAGUAAGUCAAAACUAUGGUCUCACCAUUGAGGCCCUGUAUCAGAAGAUUAUAUGCAACCUCAAGUAUUGCCUACGGUGCUGAACCCAGAAGUUGUUUGGCUUCUGGGACGAGCACAGAUUACUUGACAAGAAAAGCCCACGAAGGUUCUCAAGUUGACAUCUUGUUAAUUAACUCAAGGCUGAAAGAGCUUGUGAAAAUGGGGCAUCUUUGUGACGCGCGGAGGAUGUUUGAUGAAUUGCCGCAAAGGGAUGAAAUUUCGUGGACCAAUAUGAUAGCAGGAUAUGUCAACGGAUCUGAUCCGUCAGAAGCAUUGUCUUUGUUUUCUAGGAUGUGGGUUGACCCUAAUCUUCAAAUGGACCCUUUUGUACUUAGUCUAGCAUUGAAGGCUUCUGGGAUUAGUAUGAACAAGAAAUUUGGAGAUUCACUACAUGGAUACUCGGUGAAAACUGGCUUUGUGAAUUCUGUUUUCGUCGGAAGUGCACUAGUUGAUAUGUAUAUGAAAAUUGGGAAGGUUUGGGAUGCUCGUAUAGUUUUUAAUGAGAUGCCUUUGAGGAAUGUAGUUUCUUGGACUGCCGUUAUUACAGGACUUGUUCAUGCUGGUUCUGAUAUGGACGGCUUAAUGUCUUUUGCUGAAAUGUGGAGAGAAGGCAUUAAUUACGAUUCAUAUAGUUUGGCCAUUGCAUUGAAGGCAUGUGCCAAUUUGGGUGAAUUGAAUUAUGGCAGAGAAAUCCAUACCCACACGAUAAAAAAAGGGUUGGAUGCAAGUUCAUAUGUUGCUAAUAGUCUUGCAACAAUGUACAAUAAGUGCAAUAAAUUGAAUUAUGGCUUACAGUUGUUUAAGAAGAUGCAUGCCAAAGAUGUGGUUUCAUGGACAACCAUGAUUGCGACAUAUGUUCAGAUGGGUCAAGAGCAUCUUGGGAUACAAACUUUCUUGCAAAUGAGAGAAUCUGAUGUCAGUCCUAAUGGGUUUACAUUUUCAACUCUGAUCUCGGGCUGUGCAAAUAUUUUGAAACUUGACUGGGGUGAACAGUUGCAUGCACAUGUUCUUCGUUUAGGUCUUGCUCAUUAUCUAUCUGUGACAAAUUCCCUUGUGACUUUAUACUCAAAGUGUGGACAACUCGAUUCAGCUACUAAAAUGUUUCAGGAAAUGAGCACGAGGGAUAUUGUUUCCUGGAGCACAAUUAUUGCUGGAUAUGCUCAAGGAGGUUAUGGCGAGGAAGCCUUUGAUUUUCUAUCACAGAUGAGAAGGUCAGGACCAAAGCCCACUGAAUUUGCUCUUGCUAGUCUGUUAAGUCUUUGUGGAAGUAUGGCAAUUCUUGACCAAGGAAAGCAACUUCAUGCCCAUGUUUUCAUUAUUGGAUUAGAUCACACAGCUAUGAUUAGGAGUGCUUUAAUAAAUAUGUAUUCAAAAUGUGGAAGUAUAGGAGAAGCCUCGACUGUAUUCUAUAAGAUGGAGAAUGAUGAUGUCAUAUCAUGGACUGCCAUGAUUAAUGGAUAUGCUGAACACGGAUACAGCCAUGAAGCCAUAAAGUUAUUUGAAGAAAUGGCAAAGGUUGGCCUGAGACCAGAUCCUGUGACCUUCAUUGGUGUUCUUAGUGCUUGCAGCCAUGUUGGGCUCGUUGACCUUGGCUUUCACUACCUCAACUUGAUGAGCAAGAUGUAUAAGAUAACCCCUUCUAAAGAACAUUAUGGUUGCAUGAUUGAUCUCCUAUGCCGAGCUGGACGAUUGCAUGAUGCAGAGAACAUGAUCAAGACUAUGCCACUUGAUCAGGAUGAUGUUGUGUGGUCGACUCUGCUCAGAGCGUCGAGGCUACAUGGUGAUGUUGAAUGCGGAAGACGAGCUGCAGAACAGAUUCUUAAGAUGGAUCCAAGUUGUGCAGGGACCCACAUUACCCUAGCUAAUAUUUACUCUUCGGCUGGAAAGUGGAGAGAAGCAGCAAAAGUUAGGAAGCUCUUGAAAUCAAAAGGUGUCAUCAAGGAGCCAGGAUGGUCUUGGAUCAAAGUCAAGGAUCAAAUUUCUGCAUUUGUCGCUGGUGAUCGAUCCCAUUCUCAGUCUGAAGAGAUAUACUAUAUUCUGGAUUUAGUCGCUUCCAAAACAGAAGUUGCAGUCUUCGAGCUAGAUUGCCUGCUUCAUGACCUAGAAGAUUAGCAGAAGUUUAAGCAGAUGCUUCAAAUCUUUAACGAAUGCUGAGAAACAUCUUUGAGAUUUUGAUUCCCUUCAGAAAUGACCUAGCAACAUGUUCUGACAGGUCUAUCUAAAUUUUCACCAUAUAUUGCUCUGUCAGAAGGUUGAAGGUGGUGUCUACUUGGAGACAACUACGGCUGAAAUCAAGAAAUAGCUACUCCUGUCCUCUAGUCCUGGAGUGAGCUUGUCUGAGUUUAUUUAAGGAGCUAUUUGCAUGUUACAUGGAGAUGCUGACUGUGAAAUUCAUUUAUCUUGUGGCUUCAGCGAAACGUCUGAAGGAGGAACGUAGGAUGAGCCAGCUAACCUUAAGGCAGUCAGGCCAGACACGAUAUCUUCACACCUUUUAGCUAAACCUCUGCAAUUAAAUUGACCUAAGGACUGGGCUGAGAGGCGUGUGAAAGAAAGAAAACACACAAUUGGACUCCUUUAAUUGCAUCAAAGGGAGGACGAAACUCAUGUCCUAGUUUCUGGUGCAAACCACCGUGUAUCCAUUGGGAAGCCAAAUUCUUUACGUGGAUAUCCUAUUUGUGAUCAUUGCGGGUCAGGAGAAACUAUAAACAGAUUCUUGGUUAGAGUUUCUGGAUAAUUUCUUGUGAAUGAAGGGUUCAGUAAUAAGUGAGCUAAUUUAAGUAGAUUAUGAAAGCUUUUGGUUCCACAGAAGUGCGGUCAGGAUUUCCAGUUUAAUGUACGAUCAGAACGAAACUGUCUGUGGUUGGAAGCUUGGAUGCAAAUUUGCAUGACCGUGAAUAGUUGGUCUUAAUUCAUUAUCGUAUGCAUCAAAUUUGAGACAGAUAAGUGCUUCAUUGGUGGAUACAAGGAAAAACAGCCGCCAGCAAAAGUGAUUUGGCUUGGCUGCUUUUGUUUUGUUUUGGAAGAUUUUGUAAAGCCAUGAAUAUUUUUUCUUCUUUUGGGCAUAAAGCCAUGAAAUUUGUUAAUGGAUGUUUAUACUCUCAACAA